AUGCCUACACCCCUGCAGCUGGGUAAGGGAGACUGCUCCAGGUCUCACAAGGAACCCUACUAUGACUAUGCCAGGGCCUUCCAGUGAGUAGCAACCUCAUAGAACCUAAUAGAAAACUCUAGAACCUCCUAGCCCUACUAUGUACAGCCAUAACCCAACAAUCCCCUACUACACCCUAGAUCUCACAUAUAUGUCAGUUUUUGAACCUCUAACUUUUUCAGUCUAUCCUUGUUUUGCUCUGUCCUUCCUCAUUCUAUCAGUACUCUCUGCCUUUCUCUACUCACCCCCGAUCAGUCACUGAUGAGGUACCUUUGUGUGGUCAUUGAUGAUGUAACUGUGUCGCUCUUCCCACACCAGGUGCCCGAAGGAUGGAGCUGGAUAAUUUGCCUUUAUCAAGCACCUGACAGUACCUGGUGAGUAUCAAAGCAUUAGCUAGCGUUCAGAAUCAGUAUUUCCCCUUAAUGCAUCCGUCGCCCCCCGCAGGCAGACCCCAGGAAGACCCCCCCCCCCCCCCCCCCCCCCCCACUAACUGCCACCACUGCUGAAAAAUCUCCUAGGGGAAACGCUGAGAAUACUAACAAACCAUUUUUACAAUGCUAACAAUGAUAUUGACUAAUGAUUAUAGAAUGGCUUUCUGUUCACGCUAGCAAGAUUGUCAUCGAUAAUGCUAGCAAUAGCCCUGAUGAUUCAAAAUCUCUUUCUGGCAUCACAACCUCGUCAAUGCUUACAGUGCAAAAGUUCAAGCCACUCACACCUCACCUUCAAUCUCCUUUUACCUACCUACAGCCGCAGAGAAGGUCAACUACGAGCUGCUGUGCAAGGAUAGCACCAGGGCUACCAUCGACAGCUACAAGAUGUGCCACCUGGCCAGAGUACCCUCCAGCGCAGUGGUCAGAUGCAAGGACCCCGACCUGGUCAAGAGCAUCUACAACAACCUGGAGGCCGUCAAGGUCCUGGACAUCACUGUCACCUGUCCCCCAGACAAAUACAACAUCACUAGGAGCAGAGCAGGAUUGCUGAUCCAGGAUCAGUUUAGCAUUUUAGAUCAUUAUGAAUAAGAUCACAGACAUGAGGGACCUGGUCCCAAACCAGCACUCCUACUCUGAGAUAAUUUUUUAAUACAGGUGUUUUUCCUGACCAUGUGAUCUGACAGGAAAAACUCUGGAACCCUAAACAUCACACCUGACACUGGCAAAGAUACAGCAGGAUAGCAUAGUCAAACACAUCAAUUUCACGGGGUGCUUGUACUGAGAUUCAAAAGCCUGGCUAAAAAUGCAACCAAUCAAGCUUUCUCACGCUUUUCUAGCUCAAGAAAUUGAUCAUAACACAUUGACAAAAUCAUACAAAAAUGUUUGAAAUCAGCAUGUGACAUGGAUGGAGUGCUUACUCGUUUUCUCCCCAACAGGGCUUCAACCUGUUCUCUUCAGAUGGCUACGCAGCCAAGAACCUGAUGUUCAAGGACUCCACUCAGAAACUGAUGCAGCUGCCCAUGAACACUGACUCCUUCCUCUACCUGGGAGCUGAGUACUUGAGCACCAUCCAGUCCCUGCAGAAAGGUGAGGCCACACACACACAUUCUCUCUCUUGACCAUUAGCUCAUUGUUACCUCCCCAACCGUUGCUUCUCAGAGCAGGCCACAGGUGCCAACUUCAGGGCCAUCAAGCGGUGUGCCGUGGGCAAUGCCGAGACGGCCAAGUGUGACACCUGGAGCAUCAACAACAUCGGAGAGAGAGGAGCCAUGAUUGAAUGCCAGAGUGCACCCACAGUAGAGGAAUGCAUCAAGAAGAUCAUGGCUCUAUGGGAGAAAAGAGGGUGGGGCUGGAGAAAGAGGUGUAUAAAUCAGGCGUGAUGUGUACUUUAUAGUUUUCUUUCGAUAAUUUCCUUACUCUCAUUUUGUUUGUGUGAGCCAUCCAGAGGUGUGGGGGUCAAUGGGAGACAGAGGGGCGGGAGCACUUAGGGAAUCACCGCCGACUUCACAGGAUUCCCCGAACACACCCCUUAUUACCGGUGCAGGUGAAGGGACGGGGGCUAGUACGCAUGGGGGGGAAUGGAGACAACAAUGGGAGGAACAAAUGGACAAAGAAAUAAAGAGAAAUAUUGAACAAAGAAACCAGAAAAGGACAAAAUAGGACAUUGAGAGACAAAGACAAGAACGGACUAAAAGAUGAAGAACGUGCGUGAGUGAUUCCCGAAGCUGCGAGCCAAAGCCCAGCUUAGCCACAAAAGAGACUAUUUAAUUUGUUGAUUAUCGAAAGGAUCUUUGGUUUGUAGGUGAAGUGCUCUGUAACGAGCUAGGAUUUUGUUUCCCCUUUCUUGAACUGGCCAAGUGCCAUUCUUUGAACGUUAAAUAUAUAAUUUAGAUUUUUGCAACUUAAAAAGCCAACUCUUCCACCCCCCCGCUACCGCAUAGAUCGGAACCCCUCUGGACCGAUCACAUAUGUUUUUUUGUUUGUUUCCUUCUUUCCUUCCUUCCUUCGUCUAUUUAUAUGUUGUUGCUCUCCUCCCCACAGUGUAAAGAGGCAGCUGCGAUGGAUGGUGGGGAGGUAUUCACUGCUGGAAAACAUGGUCUGCUCCCUGCCAUGGUGGAACAGUAUGAUGCAGGUAUCACACACACAAACAAUCAUUUCCUAGAUUUUCUUCUCCCUUUCUAUCCCCCACCUCUGCUCUGCCUCCACACUGUUUACGUGCAGCAUUUUACUUUCUCUCCUCACAGGUCUGUGCAGCGCCCCUGGUGGUAAGUACACUUGUUUAAAUCUACUCCCUCACAAAACUUCCACCAUGCUACAGUAUUGCUAAGGUAACAUAGUAUAAAGUAUUAAUAUACAAUUUUAGUACUGCUGUCUUAAACCUCUUCCCUUUGUGUCUGUGUGUCCCCUCAGAGACGUCAUCCUACAAUGCAGUGGUGGUACUGAGGAAGGACUCUGGAGUGAAUUGUAACAACCUGCAGGGCAAGAGGUCCUGCCACACCGGCCUUGGCAGAAUGGGUCUCCUCCACAACAUGACUAAUGACUGCGACUUCAGUGAGUGGGCAGCUGUGUGUGUGUGUGUCAUGCCAUGGUGAAUUCUCACACAAUCUUUCAAAAUGCUGUGCUUAUACGUGAGCUUCAUGUAUGAAUCUGUGAGUGAGUUUAGAAUACGUCUCUAAUUCUAUAUUUGUGAAUGUCUAUGAAUGUAGUAUAUCUCAUACUGUGUCUCCUUCUUCCUGUGUUCAGCCAAAUACUACUUCAGUAAAGGCUGUGGAUCUGAGGCGGGCUCUCCCUUUUGUUCCCAGUGUAAGGGUAGUGGAAGGAGAUGAAGCAAUCUGCAAAGCCAACACUGACGAGCUGUACUACGGCUACACUGGAGCCUUC